AUGAAAGUGCGCAUCGUUGGUAGGUGGUCAAGUGGUAGUAGACUGCGGCACUGGCGGCGGAGGCUGCUGCUGCGGUGGCUUCCAACGGGAGCCAGUCCAGCUUUAGACUGCGACGAGCCUCGCAACGCAGAGGAGGACGAUGUCCGCAGUGACGACGACAAAGAAUCGGUCUGCGACGGUGGUGAUAGCCAACGUAUAGCCGAGGAGUGUGAGAAUGAGGGAGAGGGUGAGGUCGAGGGAGAAAGGAAGUGA